AUGAGCCCAAGUAAAGCUGAAGAUCAGCUCAAAGGAGGAAAUGGAAAUAUUUUCAACAACAAAGAGAAAAUCUCGUCGGUCCUCAAGACUGCUGUUAAAGAUAAGCUAGCAGAGCUUGACUGUCUUAUCGACGAUGAUUUACCAAACUACAUCAUGAUCAUGAUGGCAAACCGCAAGACCAAGAAAGAAAUGACCGAAGCCUUGCAGUUGUUCCUCAAUGAUCGCACAACAGAAUUCACCUCCUGGCUCUAUCAAAUGCUCGACAAUAUUCGGAAGCGACGAGAGAGUCAGAAAAAAGAAGAGCCAUCAGAAUCCAAUAACAACAAAAAAGAAAACGAACCGAAUAAAGACGCAGAAGACGUUGAUCAACUCGAGAUCGGGAUCGGCGAGGAAGACGAUCUCGACCGCGAACUGAUUGGCGACGAAAAGUCGGAAGCAAAAUCAAAAAGCAAUUCAAAACCAGCAACCCAGAGUAAUGAGGAGCCGAAAAAGAAGCGCAAGAAAAAGGUGGAGAAGAAAAAACUAGCCAAGAAAAAGGCAUCUUCCGGUAAACCUAAGAAGAAAAAGGCGAAAAAGGAUGAUUCUUCUGAUGACGAAAAGACGGACAAGAAAUUGAAGGAUCUUGUGAUCAUGGUCAAAAACAAUGAUCAAGCGAAAAAUGUCAAGAAGAAGAGGAGAAAGACAAGAGAUGCAAGGGACAAAGCUUCAAAACUCGCUCAAAUGAACGAAACCGAAUCUGGCGACUCUCAAACCGAGCAAUCCGAUAAAUCCAAAAAGGCCAAGAAGCAACGUCGUUUAGAGCGGAAAGAACGCUCCUUGCUAAAGCAAAAGAAGCGACUCAGCAUAAAACUCAGCGAACAGGCGAAAAAGGAGGUCGCUGGUAACAGCCGUUUGAUGGGAAAGGCUGAAGAUGCAGUUGUUCAACAAGCUCAGGCACAACAAGGUUCUGGAAACAUACUGUACAUGCAGAUCGAUGGAAAAUUUCAAGCUAGGUGGCAUGCUCGGAUGUUAGCUCCAGUUAUGAACCAAAUGAAUAGCGGUGGUGGAAGCGCCAUUGCAAACGCCGCAGCAGCAGCGGGCGGAUCACUCGGCGCCCCGAUCUUCGGCCAGUCGGCCAAGCUACCAGUGACUGGGAGCGCAAUGACCGGAGGCGCUCAGAGCGUCUUCCGCAGCGCCAAUUCCUUGGUAACUGGACAGACACCCCAAAGUGUGGGUGGAGUGCUCGGCAGCGCGUUGAGUACGCCACGACUAGGCGUCGGGGCCGGCCAGAGCGUGUCCGGGCUCGCAAGCACCAGCUUCGCCAGUUUGGCCAACUCCAACACUUUAGUGCCCAGCAGUUUAGUUCCAAACGACCAGAAGGACCAGAAGGUCAAGACCGACACCAAGAUCAUCAACAACACUGCCAAACCAGCUGAUAAGUCGUCGGACAUCAACUCGCUCAAGAAGAAACUGGCGAUGAUGGAGCGUGAAACGUCCAGAUUGAGAGAAAUGCACAAAUUACGCUUGAAAAAGUUGGAAACGAAGCAACGCGCGCAAGAGGAGCGCUCAAAACGGGACGCCGAGAUCCAGCGGGUAAGAAAUCCAAACAGCACACUGCCAAAAACGCCCUUUAAUAACUACCGCAAUCAUAUUGCCGAUAUGUUGUAUCGUAAUAUCAGACAAGAUGAAGAGGACGCACGGACUAUUUACGUGCGAAACCUGAAUCCAAAGACGACCGAGCAACAGCUGAGAGAUCAUUUCUCCGUCUUUGGGGCGAUCAAACGAAUUGUUCUACCGCAAGAUGCCCAUGCAAUUGGAAGCAAUCGGGGAUUUACGUUCAUCACAUUCGCCGGAAAAGAGCCUGUUGAAGUUGCUUGCUCCUUAGAUGGAACUCUACUUCACGAGCGAUCAAUUAAAGUCGUUCCGAAAACGAAUAUGAUGGGCAAAAUCCGACCGCAGCACAUUGCCAGUUAA